GUAGACACCACCGAAAGCGUCGGCAAGGUCCCGGAUUAACCCUUUCUCUGCUCGCCCACUUGGAGGCCUCCUCGGGUUCCGUGCCUGCGCAAGCCGGCGGCGCGCCUUCCCCCCAGCCCGCACCGCGCAUGCACGGGAAGGGGGGGGCGGUGGGGGUGUUCACGGCUGGCUAGACAUUCUGUGCUCGUGCAAGGAGGAGGGCUGCUACCAUCAGGGACGUGCACGACUUCCCCCACCCCGCCCCCUCCCCAAACUCCAAAAAAAAAAAAAAUCCAAAACACUGCCACCCACCGUGCCCCCGCGCCCCGCGUCCAUUCCGUCCCGGCCUGCGCGCUAAAGAACGCGGGGAGCCCACGGCGAGUGUCUGUGGCUGUGCCAGGCUGCAGGUCUGGUGUGUCCCUGAUCAGAGUAAUUCUGAUCUGAAGAUUUUGGCGUUUAAGGCAUUAAGAUAAUUGCCUGAGUUGUUCAUGGAGUUUUUCAUCAGUAUGUCUGAAACCAUUAAAUACAAUGACGAUGAUCAUAAAACUCUGUUUCUGAAAACACUAAAUGAACAACGCCUGGAAGGAGAAUUUUGUGAUAUUGCUAUUGUGGUUGAAGAUGUGAAAUUCAGAGCACACAGAUGUGUUCUUGCCGCCUGCAGCACCUACUUUAAAAAGCUUUUCAAGAAGCUUGAGGUAGAUAGCUCUUCAGUAAUCGAGAUAGAUUUUCUUCGUUCUGAUAUAUUUGAAGAGGUCCUGAACUACAUGUACACAGCAAAGAUCUCCGUGAAAAAGGAAGAUGUUAACUUAAUGAUGUCAUCAGGUCAGAUUCUUGGUAUCAGAUUUUUGGAUAAACUCUGUUCUCAGAAGCGAGAUGUAUCUAGUCCUGAUGAAAAUAAUGGCCAAUCAAAGAGUAAAUAUUGCCUCAAAAUAAAUCGCCCCAUUGGAGAUACUGCUGACACUCAGGAUGAUGAUGUGGAAGAAAUCGGGGAUCAGGAUGACAGUCCUUCAGAUGACACAGUAGAAGGCACCCCCCCAAGUCAAGAGGACGGCAAGUCACCUACGACUACGCUCAGGGUUCAGGAAGCGAUUUUGAAAGAGUUGGGGAGCGAGGAAGUUCGAAAAGUAAAUUGCUACGGUCAGGAAGUAGAAUCCAUGGAGACCCCAGAGUCCAAAGAUUUGGGGUCCCAGACCCCUCAAGCCUUAACAUUUAAUGAUGGAAUGAGUGAGGUAAAAGAUGAACAGACACCAGGCUGGACUGCCACCAGUGACAUGAAGUUUGAGUAUUUACUUUAUGGUCACCAUCGGGAGCAGAUUGCCUGUCAAGCAUGUGGUAAGACAUUUUCAGAUGAAGGCAGAUUGAGGAAGCAUGAGAAGCUUCACACCGCAGACCGGCCAUUUGUAUGUGAGAUGUGUACAAAAGGGUUCACCACCCAGGCCCACCUGAAGGAACACUUAAAAAUCCACACAGGGUAUAAGCCCUACAGUUGUGAGGUGUGUGGAAAAUCAUUCAUUCGUGCCCCAGACUUAAAGAAGCAUGAGAGAGUUCACAGUAACGAAAGACCGUUCGCAUGUCACAUGUGUGACAAAGCCUUCAAACACAAGUCCCACCUUAAGGACCAUGAAAGGAGGCACAGAGGCGAAAAGCCCUUUGUGUGUGGCUCCUGCACCAAGGCCUUUGCCAAGGCAUCGGAUCUGAAGAGACAUGAGAACAAUAUGCACAGCGAGAGGAAGCAGGUUACCCCCAGUGCCAUCCAGAGCGAGACUGAACAGUUGCAGGCUGCGGCCAUGGCCGCAGAAGCCGAGCAGCAGUUGGAGACAAUAGCCUGUAGCUAGAGGUGGAGGACCCGAGUGCUGCGCCUGGGAAGCCGAGACUGGGACGACAUGGAUCGUGAUCAGCGAACGCCAGUUAUUAAAUGAAUGGAGCAGUGUACUUGCUGGACAUAAGGCAGUGAUUGGUUAGGUGUUUUAAAACUUUGUCAAGGAAAUUACGUUCCUAAGUUCUGACCAAACCGUUUCAGUGUCCUGACUAGUGUCUAUUGUUGCCAGUAAGCUCCCCUCCCUUUCUUUUUUAUGAUUUUAAUUUGAGAACUCCUAUGUCCAGUUUAGAGGUGAGACUUCUGUUCUAUUUUUAAUCCUCUACACUCGCGUUGUGAGUGCACUGCACAGAGUAAUAAUCGAGUAAAUUGAUUUCUUAAUCAUCAUAGUCACACGUGACUUCUGGUCAAAACAGCAGUUUGAAUAACUUAAUAAACGUUCUUCGUACAGACCCAGAAAAUGCUGGUGGGUGAUUGACCAAGAACACGGCGCAAGUGUGAAACCAAGUUCUGGAAAUGCAGAAUGGUAUUAGAUUUAUAUUUGGUUUGUUCACUUUUUCUGUCACUGUUUUACAUUGUUUUUGUGCACAGGUAAUAAUUGCUUUGCUGAAGUGUUUCUUCAUCCAUUUCGAUUGCCCCAUAUCUACCCCCAAAGCUGUAGUCGUACGUACUACAUCAUCCUGUGAACCCACAGGAUGCUGGUGCUUAGGGCUGGGUUCACAGGUUCCUCUUUUGGGGGCAUUGUCCUUCUGCAACAAGUGGGGGUUUGUGGAGUAGACCAGUGGUGAGAGGAGUGAAAGCUCUCAGAGACAAGGUUUUCAUAUGUGCAACAAUUCCAAGACUUAUUAGAUCAAAGUAAUUCUUAAUUGAUUUUGAAAUUGGAUUUAUAUUUAGGUUCAAAAUUAGGACAAGAAACAUUUGUGUGGCUUAAUGGAAUGUCAUCCAGCUUUUAGGCUCUCUGUGGCACAUGAUUUAUCCAUAAAAGAGAUGCAAUAUGCUUGCUUAAAUUAAUAAAUUUAAAAAUCAUCUAAGUGUGUAAAUAGUAGUGUUGGUCUUAUGUAUUUCAAGUAAAAGCAGAUGGCUGCACCUUUUUUUGCACAUUGGAUUAAAGUAACUUUCAUGAGCAACAAACAUCAGACUGUUUUUAACCAAUAUUAAAGAUUGUGAGACCAAAUGUUUGUUAUUGAAGUAUAUUUCAUCACUGGUUACAGUUUAAAUAGGAAUUGAUUGCCUUUUAUUAGCUGUAAAUCAGAAUUAUAAAUUCUGUUUCAGAUUUGGUGUACUAAAUAUUCUUUUAACCAUUUCGUUAGGAAUAUAUUGAAAUGCCAACAAUAGUUUGAAUUAUGUUCUGUAAGAAAGUAUUAGUCAAUUAUUUUAGAAUAUGUACAAUUGUAGAAAAUGACAACUGUUAAAAUUCAUGUUUGGUUGCUAGAAUUUUUUUUAAGUACAUUAAAGUAAUUUCAUUUAAUAGCUUGUUACAUUAACACCUGUAAUGACUAUUGUGGGAGAAACUUUAUUUUUUAAAUUGGUGUAUAUGUUCUGCCCGAGAUUGUAGGAUGGAGAUGCUACUUUAAAAGAAAUUAUUUAUUGGUAAAAAUGUUUAAUUUAGUUUAAAAUUAAUUUAAUUUCUUUUCUUGAAAGUUGUUUAUUCCGUACUAAAAGUAGUCCUGUCACUGUGUUUAUAUGCUGUUAGUAGAAGGGGAACUGACUGCUGUUCCAAGGCUGUUUUAACCAAAGCAAAGGAAAAAUAAUUUAACAUCUUGUUGAUAGCUACUUCAACAAACCAUAUUUUGGGCCUUCAUUUUUGUAUAUAAAAGAAAGUAUACUUCUAUCA